UGCAUAAUCCGCGGAGCUGGUGGUCCAAGAAGUGGCAGACGCGUCGGCUGGUUGAGUCACGGGCCGAGCAAGGAGAUCUCAUCAUGAUCAGAGCCGCGAGCGUUCCCCAGACCGUCGCGGACAUGCAAUGGCAACUCUGACAACCAACUCAUCUCACGCACUCUGACACCAUCCGCCUUCACCGCCAUGGCUCCCAUCCGCGACCAGCCUGCACGCACCGUCGAACAUGAUUUGGGGGAGCAUUUCACACAACGCGGCGGUGAACCUGCCGGCGCACCGACCACGGAUACGACCAAGCCCAAGACGUCGCCGCAUCUCCCGGACCUCGACCUGCCUCAGUCGGAUUUCGACCUCACGACCACGUUCGAGUCGAUUCUGUCCGAGCCGCAGUCGCGCGACGAGCCAGCCGAGAUGCAGAUCGUGCAGAAGCGCGCGAGCAACGUCCUCAAGCUCACGCAGGAGAACGAAAAGUUGCAGGCAGAGUUGCGUGCGAUGACGGCGCGGCUGGAAGCAGCUGAGCGCAGGCAGCAGGAGCUGGCGCAGAGAGCCGCGCGCGAGCAGGAAAGGAAUCCCCCUUCGUCAUGACCACACCCCCAACGUUGGUCCCCCGUCUUUGCCGCUGCUGCAGCGCAUUGAAUCCACCGCUCCAUACCCCCAUCCGGCGCGUUCCCUCGGAUGCCUUUUCGCUUCUCACAGUGGUAAUUGUACGUUACGGAAGUCUACGAGUAUAGUUUGGCACACUUGCAUGAAUCGUCUGGUCUUUGAACAAAGUUGGAGUUCCCUUGUAAU